AUGGCUUGUGCAACAAUCAUAGUCGGACCACUGGGUCGCUGCGGGCCCGAAGCGUUUGGGUUCGGACUCGGCCUGGGCCUGGGCCCGCCCUACCGCUUCGCCAGCGUCCAGGCGAGCAUCGCCAAAAGCCGUUGCCUCUUGAUCGACCAAGGUGAGUAUCCGCCCUCCUGGCUGUUGCCGCUUUUGCUGACCCAGCAGCUGCAGCAGCAGCGACGCAAGAAGCUGGUCCAGGACCCCACGUGCUGCCCGGUGUGCGGCGUGACGGUGCGCGGCGGCGAGCUCGAGUCGCACUUCCUGCAGGAGCUGGACCGCCUGUUCAAGAUGUCGCCCGCCGCGCGGCAGCGGCGCCAGCACCACGGGCCCCCGCACGGCCCCGCCGCGGCGCCCGCGCGCCCGGGCAACAUCGGCUCCACGGCGGACGGCACGGCCGAGGGCCGCUGGGAGACUUACCAACGGAUCAAAGCUAACCGGACGAGUCGCCUUCGGAUCAAGAACCGGAAGCGGAAGGCGGACGAGGCGACCUGCCCCGUCUGCAACGAGCGUUUCCAGGGAUCCGUCGAGGAGCUCAACCUGCACGUGGAGCACUGCCUGCGAAAGAAUGGCGGCGCGGCGGAGGAGGACGAGAACGUGGACGUGGAGGGGGACGGAGAGGCCUUCGAGGAGUACGAGUGGGCCGGCCAGAAGCGGAUACGAGCGUCCACCUUGCUGCAGGGCGGCUAUGCAGGGGCCGGCAUGGUGACGGCGAGCCGAGGCGGCGCGGAGGACGAGGACGGCGAGCUUGUGGUGGACGGCGACGAGACGGCGACGUACGGCCCGCCGCAGUACUCGGAGGCGGACGUGGUGCCGCCCAGCGUCGAGGACUCGGAGCGAGUCGCCCUGAGGGAGGCGGUGCUCAGCCCCGACGGCCAGGGCCGGGCGACGCCAAGGGCGGCGUCGACGGCGUCCGGGAGCGCGGACGGUCCCGGGACCGGGGACGGCGACGAGGCCAAGGACAAGGACGCCGACGACCAGCCCAGCAUGACGCCUCCCGCCGAGGGCGGUCCGGAGGGCGCCCCGUCCAACCCCACUUUAGAAGCGCUCAAGAGAAGGAUACGAGAGUUGGAGCUUGAGUCCAAGGCAGCGACCGUAGACAAACUCAAGUGCCUCAUUUGUAUGGAACGAUACAAGAAACCUGCCAUAUCAAUAUGCUGUUGGCAUGUUCAUUGUGAGCAGUGCUGGUUGCACACCUUGGGUGCAAAGAAGCUUUGUCCGCAAUGCAACAUGAUCACAUCACCCUCAGACUUGCGACGUAUUUACUUGUGACAUUAAUAAAAGAUGGGCUGAGCCCUGUAUAUAAAUGUGUAAAUUUGUACAAACUUCCUCUCUUUAGUUGAUCUAUGUAAUUAAAUACUGCUAGCCAUUUGAUUUGUAAUUUAAGAAGUCACCUAUUUAUGUUAAUUGUUAUGUUGUUGUACAUAUAAGAAUAGACUUUCCAAGAAAUGUGAA